GUGAUCUGGGGCAUCUGUGACGACUACCACCUGGACUUCAACUCCUUCUACGCGUGGACGGGCCUGUGGAACAGUUUCUUUCUCACGCUUUAUGCCCUCUUCAACCUCAGCUUGGUCAUGAGUCUCUUCAAGAGGUCGACGGAGGAGAUCAUUGCCCUGUUUAUUUCCAUCACAUUCGUGCUGGAUGCUGUCAAGGGCAUGGUCAAAAUCUUCCAGAAGUACUACUAUGGCCCUAACACUGGGAACUACCAUGCAGAAAGCACUUCCCUGGUCAGCCUGCUGGGCCUCAACACCAGCCUCCUGGCCAGCCCGAUGGAGCUGACGUCAGCGGGCAGCCAUCCUGAGAACGCAGGCCGAGAGACCGCCGUGCUCAGCCUCUUCAUCAUGCUGGGCACACUGUGGCUGGGUUACACGCUCUACCAGUUCAAGAAGAGCCCCUACCUGCACCCCUAUAUGCUUGAGAUCCUGUCAGACUGCGCCCUGCCCAUCUCGGUGCUCCUCUUCUCCCUCAUCUGCUCCUACGGCUUCCGGGAAAUUAAGAUGAGCAAGUUCUGCUACAACCCCAGCAAGAGCCUGUUUGAGAUGGCCCAGAUGCACUCGCUGUCCCUGGAGGCCAUCGGCGGGGCCAUGGGCCUCGGCUUCCUGCUCUCCUUGCUCUUCUUCAUCGAGCAGAACCUGGUGGCUGGCUUGACUAAUGCUCCAGAGAACAGGCUGGUGAAGGGCACCGCCUACCACUGGGACCUCCUGCUCAUCGCCAUCAUCAACACGGGGCUGUCUCUGUUCGGGCUGCCCUGGAUCCACGCGGCCUACCCCCACUCCCCGCUGCACGUGCGGCUGCUGGCGCUGGUGGAGGAGCGAGUGGAGAAUGGGCACAUUUAUGAGACGAUAGUGAGCAUGAAGGAGACACGGCUGACCACCCUGGGUGCUAGCAUCCUGGUGGGCUUCUCCCUCCUGCUGCUGCCCUUCCCGCUGCAGUGGAUCUCCAAGCCGGUGCUCUACGGCCUCUUCCUCUACAUGGCCUUUACCUCCAUCGACGGCAACCAGCUCUUUGAGCGCAUGGCCCUGCUACUCAAGGAGCAGACUUCGUACCCUUCCACCCACUACAUCCGGCACGUACCCCAGAGGAAGAUCCACUACUUCACAGGCCUGCAGAUCCUGCAGCUGCUGCUGCUCUGUGCCUUUGGCGUAAGCAGCCUGCCCUACAUGAAGAUGAUCUUUCCCCUCAUCAUGAUCGCCAUGAUUCCCAUCCGCUACAACCUGCUCCCCCGAAUCAUUGAAGCCAAAUACUUGGAUGCCAUGGACGCUGAGCACUGA